AUUCUUGUGCUGCAUGCAAGGCUAACAUGUCUUAUAUUGGGGAUCUACUACGACUCUGUAUUAACCUUUAAUUACCCCAGAUCACUUCAUCUACCCAAUUUACCCCAGAUCUCUUCACCUAACCAUUCUGAUCCCGUCUGCAGUUCCAAAUCACUGGCAUGGAUGCUAGGAUAUUUAGAGACAACCCUCUGCAACAGGAGAAGAAAAUGAUCUGCUGCAGUUUCGAUAAGGAUUUGUGUUGCGACAAUCACGGUUUCUCUACUUGUUUUUAAAAACAAAACUGUUACAGAAUUCUAAAAAUAUGGAUUAUUAUUUAUAAAUCGUUGAAGCAUGGAAGGCCUUUUAGAAGGUGAAGACAAUUUGUUUUAUUCCAUGAGUUACAUGCGCUUCUUAACAGCAGAAAACACGCCUUAUCAAUUCCAAGCAGGAAGGAAUGAAUACAACGGGCACAUUGAGAUUAAUGACAAUAUAUUGGACAUGGAGACUAACAUUACAGAUUUGCCUCACAUAAAUGAACACCAUGUGGCUCUCACAGAGACUGAGGAAAGGCCGUGCUGCCUUAUAGUUGGUAAGGAAUUUAAAAGUGAAGAAGUAUGUGGAUCUAUAUUAUACCCACCAUUAGCAGAAGCCAAAAACUUCUUAGCUGCUGACGCUAAUACAAAGACCCGAUUUAUCCAAGUGGUUGAGCAUGAACCGAGUGCAAUCCUGUUUCGGGAUUUUUCAUUAGAUGCCUCUAUACCCAAGACCAUAAUACAUGAUAUUUUAAACGAUGAAACCUCAGAGGAAAAGGAAUUUUAUGAUGAGGACGAAGAAGAGGAGGCUGAUGAAAACGGGGAUAUCUUCACAGAUUUACCUCAGUAUGAGCCAAUGUUUCCAGGACUUAGAAGGAGUCAGUGUCAUCCAAUAAGCCCAAACGACAAUAUCAUAUUCAAUUUUGAGGAUGUUUGUCAACUGCUCAGCAGUACUCAGAGCAACGUUGAGCAAACAUUGAAUGAAGGUGAAAGAAAUAACCUCAUGGAGGAAAGAAUUCGGUGGUCAGAAUCUAUGACAUGUCUGAUGAUGAAGCUGGAACAGCUAAAUGUAGACAUCGAAGAAGCAGUCAUGGCUGGUGCUUCCCAAUUACAUUUGAUCCCAACAGACUGUUGCACACAACUGGCAAAUUCAUCUAUGACGGACAGAAGGUCACCUGAACUCGAAGCCAAAGAAGCAUGCGAUUGGCUACGUGCAGCUGGAUUCCCUCAAUACGCUCAGCUUUAUGAAGAUUCCCAGUUCCCAAUUGACAUUGCAUCUGUAAAGCGGGACCAUGAUUUCCUUGACAGAGACCAUGUAGAACCACUUUGCAGGCGCCUGAAGACCUUGAACAAGUGUGCCUCAAUGAAACUCGAUGUCAGCUUCCAAAGGAAGAAGAGUGAAGAUUCAGAUGAAGAAGACCUUUGCGCCAUCAGUGACAAAUGGAGGUUCCAAAGACUCAGCCGUCAAUGGUCUCGGGUAGAUGACAUUGAUUUGCUGUUCGGGCGAUCAGAGAGACUUGGUUCAUCCGGGGAAAUGAAAAACACGACUAGUAGCGAGAGUGUUUUGACUGAUCUCAGUGAACCAGAAAUAUGUUCUAUCCACAGUGGAAGUAGUGGCGGAAGUGACUGCAGAUGUUCCUAUGUUGGCAAUAGUGCUUCCAGGGAGACAUUUGAGUGUGCGGACACAAUGUGUAUUUAUGAUUCCAAUCCAAUGACCAUAUUACCUCCAUGGCCAAAAGAUUGUCCAGAUGGUAAACUGAAUGCCAAGAACGAAAAACCUGCAUACACUAAAACCAAAACAUUUUUAAAAUGCAUGGGGACUCUUAGAUCUAAAGGAACUUAUGGGAAAUCUAAAGGCCUUCAAAGAACUGGAGCUAUAAUAAUUAGUGAGCCCAUUCUGCAACUGGAGCCUGACCCACUUAAAACUAUUCCACAACUGAAGCCUGACCUCCUUAAAACAAUGAGCUGUGUUGGCAAUGGCCAAGUGAAAGACUCCACUAUGAACUUUACAGCAACUGGAAAUCUAGAUGUAGUACCAGAAAUAAAAGCCAGCACUGAGAGCACUCCUUGCUUAAAAGAAACACCAGCUCCUGAGCCCAACAAGAGAGGAGGUAUGUAUCUUGAGGACAUUGAUGUCUUUACAGCUUUGGGUACAUCAAAAGCUGGUCAUAAUCACAACCACAAUUUCCAUUCACAAGAAGACCUGGUUGUACAUAUUCCAAAGGACCACAAACCUGGAACCUUUCCAAAAGCACUUUCUAUUGAAAGCCUUUCUCCGACGGAGAAUUUCUAUGGUGUCAACUGGCGGAGUGGAGGUAUUUCUCUUAGCAGGCAAAAAGGUAUUCGUGCUAAAGAACCAAGAAUUAUGUCUUCAAGGUGCUCCAGAGGUAGCAGGCUUAGUGUUUAUGAUAAUGUUCCUGGAUCUCAUUUGUAUGCCAGCACUGGGGAUCUCAUGGAUUUAGAAAGGGAUGAUUUAUUUCCUCACUUAGAUGAUGUUUUGCAGCACAUUAAUGGACUUCAGCAGUCUGUAUACCACUGGUCGAAAGACAUAAUGCCAGACCUUCAAGAUGACGAUUUGUCUGUUGGGGAAUCGGGAAACUCAAAUUUUCAUUCACCCAACCCAAUGAGCUUGGACUUUGAAGGAAAUUCUAUUUCUGAUGGUAGGACUACCCCAAGUGACAUGGAGAGAGAUGCUGCUUCGCUUAAUGAAUCUGAUACUACUGGAACCAGAGAGAGAAGAGAUUCUGGGGUUGGAGCCUCCCUUACAAGAACAAACAGGCGUUUACGGUGGAGCAGUUUCCAGAUCUCCCAUCAGCAAAGUGGCUCAGUUGCAUCACUUCAGAUUAGCAAUCAGUCGGCCGGCCAGCUCAAUCUGCUGCAGAAAUUCUCUUUGCUUCGCCUGACAGCCAUCAUGGAGAAAUAUUCGUUGUCAAACAAGCAUGGAUGGACGUGGUCUGUGCCGAAGUUUAUGAAGAGGAUGAAGGGACCAGAUUACAAGGAUAAGAAUAUAUUUGGCGUGCCAUUGAUGGUUCAUGUGCAGAGAACUGGGCAGCCUCUUCCCCAGAGCAUCCAGCAAGCAUUGCGUUUCCUCCGAAGUCACUGCCUCGAUCAGGUUGGUUUGUUUAGAAAGUCGGGUGUUAAAUCUCGAAUCCAAGCUCUGCGUCAGAUGAACGAGACAUCACCAGAGAACGUGAGCUAUGAAGAUCAGUGCGCCUACGAUGUGGCAGAUAUGAUGAAACAGUUCUUCAGAGAUCUCCCCGAACCUCUUCUCACCAGUAAAUUAGGGGAGACCUUUCUUCAUAUUUACCAGUAUGUCCCCAAAGACCAAAGGCUCCAGGCUGUGCAGUCGGCUAUCAUGCUGAUGUCAGAUGAAAAUCGCGAGGUCUUGCAAACCCUGCUCUGCUUUCUCAGUGAUGUCACCUCGGUGGAAGAGAAUCAGAUGACCCCGAUGAAUCUUGCUGUAUGUUUGGCGCCAUCUCUGUUCCAUCUGAAUUUAUUAAAGAAGGACAACUCUCCAAGAGCAAUACAGAAAAAAUAUGCAACAGGGAGACCGGAUCAGAAGGACCUAAAUGAGAAUUUUGCAGCUACUCAGGGCCUGGCACACAUGAUAAUGGAGUGUAACAGGUUAUUUGAGAUCCCACAUGAAGUCAUAGCUCAGUCUCGAAAUUCCUAUGUAGAAGCCGAUGUGCAUGUCCAAACAAUGGAGGAACUAGGAAAGCAACUGGAAGAGGAAGGGGGGAAUGUGAACACGUACUUUGAGAGUACAAUUCAGGGCCUUCAGAAGGAAGCUAAGGAGAAGUUUAAGGGAUGGAUUUCCCUCUCCAGCACUGAGAAUACUGACCUUGCUUACAAAAAGGUGGGGGAUGAAAAUCCAUUGAGAGCGUGGAAAGUAUCAGUGGAAGUGGAGGCUCCGCCAUCUGUGGUUCUCAAUCGCAUUUUAAGCGAACGGCAACUUUGGGAUGAUGACUUCGUGCAGUCGAAAGUGGUUGAGACUCUUGAUAACCAAACAGAGGUGUACCAGUAUGUGUUGAACAGCAUGGCUCCACACCCCUCCAGAGACUUUGUUGUUUUAAGGUCCUGGAGAACAGACUUGCCGAAAGGAAUCUGCACGCUGGCAGCCAUAUCAGUAGAGCAUGAUGAAGCCAAUCUCAUAGGAGGAGUGAGAGCAGCAGUUCUAGAUACUCGAUACUUGAUUGAACCCUGUGGCUCUGGCAAAUCAAAGCUGACAUAUAUCUGCAGAGUUGAUCUCAAGGGCCAUUGUCCUGAGUGGUACAAUAAAUGUUUCGGACAUCUUUGUGCAUCGGAGGCUUUAAGGAUCCGAAAUUCUUUCCAGCCAAUUUCCGCGGAGGGCCCUGAAACGAAAAUCUGAGGAAUGUUAUUACGUCGGUGGUCAAAAGAAUUUCAGCCAAUGCCCACUGGCUCUAGAAGGAUGCUGGGAUACGUAGUUCAGUGCAAGUUUAGGCUCAAUGUUCCUGCUGUAUUCUAGCAAAUAAUGGACAGUGCCCGUGGUUAUUCCAUCAGACAUUCCUCAGUCACAUCAUCAUUAGUACUAGGUGUUUUAAUUGAAAUUGUACAAAAAGUGUAAAUAUCUGUGUAUAGCAUAUUGGAAAAAGGAUUAUAUAUGUAUCACAUAUAUGUAAAUACAUUCAAAGUAUAUAAUUUAAUGCUUUCUAAGGAAGCUGUGAUAACUUUAUUAUUAUUAAUAUUAAUAUUUGAUUCUGAUAAGGCUCACCUUGUUUCUGUAUAUGUAUAAGUGCUUCUUGGUCUUACCACCAGUAUUAUAUGAGUAUAAGGGAAACUGUCGCUUACUUUAUCUGUGUAUAGAUAAAUAUAUAUAUAUAUUAUGGAAAUAAUAUUUUGUUCUUCUCAUCUGUGAUGCACUGCACUGUGACCUUAAGAAGGUACUUUGUAAAUAAAGAGUAUUUUUUUUCA